AUGAUCAUGAAAGAAGACCUAACUCUAGCAUAUUCCUUUGCCUUGGCAGAGAAGCAUGCACUUUGGGACGAGGCUCAACAAGCAGAAAAUGCGCCCGAGCAGCCUCGAAAAGAGUCGAUAGCUGUUCAAAGGAAAGAGGACGGGAAGCAACCCAACAAGGGCAGGCAGAAAGUCAAGCGAGAUACUUCCAAGUUGGACCACACCAAGUAUUGCGCAUUCCACCGAGGUCCUGGUCACACAACCUACGACUGCUACACUUGGAAGAACUACCUAGAGAAGCUCGUGAAAGAAGGCAAAGUCGAUAGAUACUUGGACAAGCCAGCUGUGCAACCAAGAAGGAAUGCAGAUGGUGAUGAAGAGCCGUCAACCAAGAUGAUUCGAAUCAAUGACAUUUUCGUCGAAUCCGAGCACUUGAGGGCCACUAAUAACUCUAAAAAGAGGAAAAUUCAACAGGCUUUACUAAUCUCACAAGUCCAAUCAGUCGAUACCCAACCUGGACCCAUUAUUGGCUUCACUGAGCAGGAUGUAGAAGGCGUCGAUUUCCCACAUGACGAUGCACUAGUAGUAUCUGUCCAAUUAGCCCAUGCUAUAGUCGACAAGAUGAUGGUUGACAAUGGAAGUGCAGUUAACUUAAUUCAACUCUUAGUCAUUCAGAAGAUGGGCCUGGAAAGCACAAUCAUACGUCGAGCAAAGGUACUUACCGAAUUCAACGGAUACACCUCAACUAUCAUCGGCCACAUCACACUUGAUGUGAAAACACCGCCUGUCGUCUCAAAGAAAACGUUCACGAUUGUAAGCGAUCCAUCUCCCUACAAUGGGAUUCUUAGGAGACCUUAG